UGCAACACGUUGGUGGGCGGCCCGUCGGGGAGCGGAAAAUCGACGUGGACGCGCCGUUUGUUACAGCACGCCGAUCAAUUGAUGCACCCCCCUCCUCGGGUGAAACAUUAUUGUUACGGGGCCUGGCAACAGGCCUUUGACGAGAUGAAACAAGAGAAGGUGCAGUUUCACGAAGGACUGCCCACGUCGGAGGAGUUGGACCAAUGGUUCGGUCCCACGCAAGGGGGACUCUUGGUGUUGGACGAUCUCAUGGACGAAGGCGCCUACGACAAACGCGUGUUGGAUCUCUUUUCCAAGCACUCGCAUCAUCGGAACAUCAGUGUCCUCUUCUUGUGCCAGGAUCUAUUCCCGCCCGGCAAAUUCGCCAAAACCAUUUCGCGCAACGCCCAUUCCAUCGUGGCGUUCAAGAACCCGCGGGAUCAAGUAGGCAUGCGCACCUUGGCGCUGCAAGCCUUUCCCAACGACUGGUCGCACGUGAUGAACAUCUUUCGCGAAUGCACCAAGCGCCCUUUUGGCUAUUUAAUGCUGCACUUGCAUCCCGCGUCAGACGAUCGGUACCGUCUCUUCACCAACGUGUUACCGGAAGAAGGACCGACGGAAACCUAUGAACGUCAAGCAUGA